AGGAGGAGGAGUCUUCAACAAGACGAAGAUAAAAAAAAAUCGCUUUGGAGAGAGAAAGAUCUACAAACAGAAUCCGUCCAAACACAGCCAUUACACUGGAGCAGCGUGUUGAGCCCAAGGAAUAUGGAUUGAAGUCAAGACAAGUUGGAAAUCUAUCUGGGAACAGGACACCCUAAUUAAACCGACAACCAAAGGAACAACUGCUAUUGCGAAGAGAGGGAGAGGAAAGACAGACAGUGAGAGGGAGCAAGAGAAGGGAAGAGUACAGGGCAGUGAACGAGUAAGGGAAAAAGAGUGGCUAGACAGAGGAGGGCAAAAGAAGAGAAUUAAUACCACCCACUGUGCCAAUACCACACACAGAGUAAAAUUGUUACGCACAUACACACAUUCAAAGACAGAAAACCUGCCUGUGCCACACACACAGUAUUUAUGUCUCACACAUUGGCUAUACCGCACACACCGAAUUUCUCAAACAAGUUUGCAUGCAACAUAUGCAGUAAGUAUCCGACACGCUGAAAUCAAAACGUUUAUAUCAACAGAAACGGAGAGAAACAAAGAAGAUAAAGAGGCACGGAGAGACAUUAAAGCGUCAUAUGGGUUGGUAUUACUACGCACAGAGUGACAUAGACAGACAAAACGCAACAUAGUGGCAUCACGGGGCCUCCACAGGAGCAGGAACUCUUCGAAAACUAACCUGAGGAACUAUACUGCCAACUUAAUCCCCCCAAAAUAAUUAACCACAGAACUGAAGGCCGGUGAUUCUUCUUCUUUGACUACACCCCUAUUACCAUUUAACCAGAAGCAAAGCAGAGGAACUGUAUUGAGGAUCUAUCAUCUCCGUAGUAUGGGUGCCUAAGACAGGCGAGCUGAAGAGCUGUGUCCCUGGAAGGAGCACCAUCAGCCCUCCAGCCCUUCACCCACCAUGCUGCCCCAUACGGCCCAGGGCAGGGGAACCUUAAGCAGGGUACGAGGGCUCCUGCUGCUGCCCCUCCUGAUGGUGCUGCUGGUGACUUUUUGUGCUGCACAGAGCGAAAAGAGUCGGGAGAACCAGGGAGAGAAUAACACUGGCAGUACGGAGAGCCCGGAGACUGUCUCCUCAGAUGUGGCCAUCGUCAGUCCUCGUAACUCCUGGCUCGUCUUCAGACACAACUCCAACAAAGGAGAGAACAAGAAGACCAAGCCCUCAAAGAGGGCAUCUAAGCAUGGUCUACCGGGCCCCCCCGGACCACCAGGCCCUCAAGGGCCCCCCGGCCCCCCCGCCCCCCUGUUACCUCAGCAGGAAGAGCUGAUGCAGGAGUUCCAGCUACGACUGAGAGAGAUGGCUGGUGGACCCUGUCUGCUCUGUGAGCGACCUCCCCGUGUGGCCACCGCCUUCCACUGCCGCCUGCACCACCCCCUCACCGUGCCACGCCGCAGUCUGCUAGAGCUGCAGCCAUUCAGCAGUGUCUCGGACACUGAGCAGAGUCUCCAGAGGGGCCAGAGCUUCAACUCUAGCAGUGGCCGCUACACGGCUCCCGUCUCCGGGUUCUACCAACUCACCGCCAGCCUUCUCAUAGAGCCCAAUGAGAGGUCACAAGCCAGGAUGAAGGAUAGUGUGAAGGCUUCCAUCUGCAUUGAGUCCCUAUGCCAGAGCAAUGUGUCUCUGGAUUCGGUGACAGGGGUGGGUAGUUCAGGAGUCUUCAGCGUCUUACUGACAGGAACCCUUUACAUACAGGCGGGGGAGUAUGUGUCCAUUUUCGUCGACAACGGAACAGGCUCAGCACUCACAGUCCUCCAGGAUACUUUGUUUUCCGGGAUACUCCUGGGAGUGUGAACACAGUAAAACAAAUGAUACACACACACACCCAUAGACUGAAAUGAACAAACAUAUUAAACCACGUACAGUACCGGUCAGAAGUUUGGACACACCUAAUCAUUCAAGGGUUUUUCCUUAUUUUUUUAUAUUUUCUACAUUGUAGAAUAAUAGUGAAGACAUCAAAACUAUGAAAUAGCACGCAUGGAAUCAUGUUGUAACCAAAAAAAGUGUUAAAACAAAUUAAAAUGUAUUUUAUAUUUGAGAUUGUUCAAAGUAGCCACACUUUGCCUUGAUGACAGCUUUGCACACCCUUGGCAUUCUCUAAACCAGCUUCAUGAGGAAGUCACUAAUGGGAGCCUAUCAAAUAUAAUCCAGUCAGAAUCAGGAAUUCCCCAGGGUAGCUGUUUAGGCCCCUUUGAUCUUUUGGAUUUUUUACUAACAACAUGCCACUGACUUUGAGUAAAGACAGAGUGCCUAUGUAUGUGUAUGACUCAACACUAUACAUGUCAGCUACUACAGCAACUGAAAUGACUGCAACACUCAACAAAGACUGCAGUUAGUUUCAGAGUGGGUGGCAAGGAAUACGUUAGCCCUAAAUAUUUCUAAAUCUAAAAGCAUUGUAUUUGGAACAAAACACUCACUAAACGCUAAACAACUAAAUGUUGUGGAAAUGGAGCAAGUUGAGAUGACUGAACUGCUUGGAGUAACUCUAGAUUUUAACUGUCAUUGUCAAAACAUAUUGAUGCAGUAGUAGCUAAGAUAGGGAGCAGUCUGUCUAUAAUAAAGUGAUGCUCUGCCAACACUAUGAACAAGGCAGGUCUUACAUGCCCUAGUUUUGUCGCACCUUGACUGCUGUUCAGUCGUGUGGUCAGGUGCCACAAAAAGGACUGCAAUUGAGUGAGGACAGGGCAGCAGGGCUGGCCCUUGGAUGCCCUUGGAUGUACACAGAGAGCUAAUAUUAACAAUAUACAUGUAAAUCUCUCCUGGCUGAAAGUGGAGGAGAGAUUGACUUCAUCACUACUUUUAUUUAUGAGAGGUAUUGACAUUUUGAAUACACAGAGCUGUCUGUCUAAACUACCGGCACACAGCUCGGACACCCAUACAUACCCCACAAGACAUGCCACCAGAGGUCUCUUCACAAUCCCCAAGUCCAGAACAGACUAGAACAGACGAGAACAAGUCCAGAACAGACUGGAAGGCUCACAGUACUACAUAGAGCCAUGACUACAUGGAACUCUAUUCCACAUCAAGUAAAUGACGCAUUUAAAAAAACAGAUAAAAAAAACCUUAUGGAACAGUGGGGACUGUGAAGCAACACAAACUUUGACACACACACACACGAUAACAUACGCACUUUACAUACACAUGGAUGUAGUACUGUAGAUAUGUGGUAGUGGCGGAGUAGGGGCCUGAGGGCACACAGUGUGUUGUGAAAUCUGUGUAUGUAUCGUAUGUUUUUAAAAUGGCAUAAACUGCCUUAAUUUUGCUGGACCCAAGGAAGAGUAGCUGGGGAUCCAUAAUAAAUGCAAAUACAAAUGUGUUGUGAGCCAAUAAGUUGUGCUGUGACAAGGUAAGGGUGGUAUACAGAAGAUAUCACUAUUUGGUGAAAGACCAAAUCCAUAUUAUGGCAAGAACAGCUCAAAUAAGCAAAAAGAAAUGACAUAUCAUCAUUACUAUAAGACAUGAAGGUCAGUCAAUUUCAAGAACUUUGAACGUUUCUUCAAGUGCAGUCGCAAAAAACAUAAGCGCUAUGAUGAAACUGGCUCUCAUGAGGACCGCCACAGGAAAGGAAGACCCAGAGUUACCUUUGCUGCAGAGGAUAAGUUCAUUAGAGUUACCAGCCUCAGACAUUUUAGACCAAAUACAAAGAAAUUGCUCCACAGAUUUCAAGUAACAGACACAUUUAAACAUCAGCUGUUCAGAUGAGACUGUGUGAAUCAGGCAUUCAUGGUCAAAUUGCUGCAAAGAAACCACUGCUAAAGGACAACAACAAUAAGAAGAGUUUUGCUUGGGCCAAUAAACCCGAGCAAUGGACAUUAGACCGGUGAAAUCCUAUCCUUUGGUCUAUUGAGUCCAAAUUUUUGAUUUUUUGGUUCCAACUGCUGUGUCUUUGUGAGAUGCAGAGUAGGUGAACGAAUGAUCUCCGCAUGUGUGGUUUCUAUCGUGAAGCAUGGAGGAGGAGGUGUGAUGGUGAGGGGUGCUUUUCUUGUGACACUGUCUGUGAUUUAUUUAGAAUUUAAGGCACACUGAACCAGCAUGGCUACCACAGCAUUCUGCAGCUAUACGCCAUCCCAUCUGGUUUGGGCUUAGUGGGACUAUCAUUUGUUUUUCAACAGGACAAUGACCCAACACGCCUCCAGGCUGUGCUGGAGUGCUGCAUCAGAUGACCUGGCCUCUACAAUCACCUGACCUCAACCCAAUUUAGAUGGUUUGGGAUGAGUUGGACUGCAGAGUGAAGGAAAAGCAGCCAACAAGUGCUUAGCAUAUGUGGGAACUCCUUCAAGACUGUUGGAAAAGCAUUCCUCAUGGAGCUGGUUGAGAAAAUGCCAAGAGUGUGCAAGGUUGACAUCAAGGAUAAGGGAGGUGCUGCUUUGAAGAAUCUCCCAUAUAAAAUAUAUUUUGAUAUGUUUAACACUUUUUUGGUUACUACAUGAUUCCAUAUGUGUUAUUUCGUAGUUCUGAUGUCUUCACUAUUAUUCUACAAUGUAGAAAAUAGUAAAAAAUAAAGAAAAACCCUUGAAUGAGUAGGUGUGUCCAAACUUUUGCCUGGUAAUUUACGUACACAGAGGUGGGCAAAGAAACAUUAAAAUGUAUCUGUUACAAAACAUAAAAGACCAAUGCAUUGUAAUGAACCACAAAAUACUGGUGCCAACAAAUGUAUUUGAUGAAAAUACAUGUAUUUUGUAUGUACAUUUACAGGCAGCCCCUUUAAAUGAGUUAUAAAACAGCCUGUGAACCUUGGCUAACACUCUAUGAACAGUAUCUAUUGCUUAGACAAUUGGCACAGUUCUGAAUGUUAAUCUUCAGAGCUUUGUGGCCGCAUAUUAUUCAAAACAAUUCGCUGCAUUGGUGUCAAAAAGGAGAUACCAUGUAUUACUACGAGGCAUCAGAGGGUGUAGGUGGAUGCACAAAGGUGUUUGAAAGAAAGUCACUUGCGAAUGAGAGUGAGUGUAGUGAUAGUUUGGCAAUAAAUAACAUAUUCACUUUCAGUAUUUUCAAAUACAAAUGACAUAAUACUCAAAAGUAAUUGAAAUACCUAUCCAAUCUCUGUAUGUACAAACAGAAAGUAUUUCUCAAAAUCGUAGACUCUCUGUCUGGAGUGGCACACAGCUUUAUGCCACUCCGGGCAGAGAGCAGAGAAUGACUGACACUGGUAACUACGAGUGGGAUGAGUGUGUCAUUAGCAAACAUCAAUAUUCAGACCAGCCUCUGCAAUUAUCCAUAACAGCAUUGUUAAGACAACAGGGUCGUAUUCAUUAGUGCACACUGUAGCAAAACAAUUUGCAAUGUAAUUAGUUUCUUAUUAGACAACUUCAGGUAGUCCCUCCCCGUUUCGGUCCGUUUUCUUCUUCUACUGAACACGACCCAGGACAUUUUGUUAACGACAUUUUAAAUAACCAUUCUGUCUAUAUAUACUUAUAGAGGUAUUUUUCUACUUUCAUUGUCGAUGAUUCGCUUUACCACGCUAUUCAGAAUAUUUAUUUUCCUUUUGGAUGUGAAAUGAAUACGAUAUAUGAAAAGUGGUGGAUGUUAUUGCUUGUAAUAAAACAUUUAUUGCAAUCCA